AUACUGCACGUCUUUAUUAUGUAUUACGAGCUUUUGGUGGAAUAUUGAAAAUGUGGCAAGAAUACUCAGAUAAUGAUUUGGCACAAUCUUUUCUUUUAAACCCAAAUAUUCAUAUGUCUUGGUUUAAUGCUAAUAGUGAAAAUUUAAAUUUUACAUACCUCGCUCAGUUUAUCACCUAUUAUUACAAAGCAUGGUUUGAAUGCCGACCCCAAUUUGGAGAAGACAUAUUGAAAUUUUGGGACUUUGCUUCUUCUUCAACAAGAGAACUAGGUCCAUUAGCACUGCAUUUAUUUGGAAUUUGUGUUAACGCAGCAUCGGUAGAGCGCCUAUGGAGUUCAAUGGUAAUACAUAGUGCCAUACCACAGUGA